AUGUCUGCUCGCACUGCUACUCCGUCUAUCUUCGGCGCACCCAACGAGUCCGCCGAGUCUUCUGGUCGUGCCCUCGGCAGCCCCAACACUGGACUCGGAAGGGGUGGUGUCGGCAAGCAAAAGGAGGCUCUGAAGCUGCGCUUGGACCUGAACUUGGAGGUGGAGAUCGCCAUCCAGGCCAAGGUCAAUGGUGAUAUCACGCUUUCCCUCCUCUAUUUUACAGUAUGGAUGUUCGUACAUGCUACGGAUGGUCAGUAUUGGGUUCCGUAUUGGACGGUAGAGAAUGUCGCGUAUAUGGACUUGCGACGCUGUAUUUUUUCUCUACCCCAAUUCAUUGCACUGUUCUAUGCUUUCUUUUGGUGUGAAUGA